CUCGCUCUUGUUUUACUCUUAAGGUUAGUUCCCUGUACAACACCGCGAGAAAAAGCUGUACAGAUACCAAAAUGAGGCUUAUCUCCAUUUGCGGACUUCUCGUUGGUUCUGCCUGCUUGGUGGUUCCGGCCAUAAAGCCAGAAGCGCAAGAAACUGCUGUUGCGAUGAGGGACGUUGCAGACACAUUCAGGUGCGUGGGGGGGCUGAACAGCAAGGUUGCCGCUAGGAAUACCUCCCUAAAUGAAGCUCUUGCCGAAGUUUCACGAAAUGUUGCAACUAAAAUCAAGCAAGAGCAAACGGCAGAACUACUGGAUGAAGCAGAUCGACACGAACGCACUGCGAGCAACCUAGAGCAAGUAAAGCGGCGUGAGAGUGACAGGCACCAAACGGUCAUGGAACAAAUGAAGCAAGGAGCUGACAAUGCUGUGUCGUCUCUGGGGAGCAAGAUCCAAGAAGUAGAAAAGGAAGAGCAAGAAGCAGAGCAAGAGCUGGCCAAAGAGGAAAACCUGCUUCGAAGCAUCUCUAGUCACCAGGCUGAGCCUUCUAAGGCCACUAUUCGCUCUUCCAGAAGUCCCACAGAAGGGGGGCCUACUGUAGUGGACCAGGAUCAGCUUGCUGCACAAGAAGGAGAGGAAGCACUUAAGAAGGAGAAAAAAUCAAUUGAAGGCUGUGUCUCGGGGGAGACGUCGUUUCUCCGAAAGAGAAAGUUUCGUACAGAUACCGUUGAAGCGGCGUAGAACCCGUAUAGCUGAAUAGAAUGUGCUUUUCUAGAAUGCUGUUCUCUACCCGCAGUCAUGGUACGCACAACUGCGCUUGCCUGUUCCCACCGUUUCAACAACAGUUGUACCGUGAAAAAACGGAGUAUCAAUAGGUCCUUGAGGUGGUCGCUUAUCUCCGGGACAUCGAGGAGUUAAGAGAGGAAUCAGCAGAAGACGUGACUUCCAGUGACAGGUUUGCUCGAGGAAACAGCACGUACGAUCAUGAGAACGACUGUGACCAGUCUCGACAACACCACAGAAAAGCACGGUACCACCAACGACUGCAGAACGACGUUGAAUGCAUCACAACGUAGCUCUACAGCAGACACUGGUACGUUUACUGGGUCUGUGCGUUCGGUCCCCUCUUGCGGCCAACGGAAGUCGUGAAUCUCCUGUUGAACUGCUGUCUCUUCUUUGCGCGACCGGUGGGUGGCUUCUUCUUCUCCUUCUUGGCGACCUUCGGGGUCUGAUUCUUGACUUUGCCGGCACGGGCGAGGGAACCGUGAACUUUCCCUGCAAACAAGGCACGAAGUCGAAGGAGUACGUAUCAUGAAGACAGCGUCUCCCAGAACAGCAUAAAUGAAUAAACCACUAUCAAACAUACGAACCCUGAACAGUGGAGUCCGAAUGACGCGUAUACCACCAACUAAUACACCGUCAUCCACACUACAGCGGAUUUUUACUUUUUUC